UGGGAACACCACUGUCCAUCUCAGGAAAGCAGACUAACCUCCCAACAUCUCUUCACUAGCUUGCUAGAAGCGGGACGGCUAUGUUCUUGGGACCUUGGCCUUUCUUUCACCUUAUGCUCUGGUUUGCAGCUCCCAGAAGACAGCGAAGACACCAUGGCCUUGUAACUUUCAAGCUCCUGCAGUGUGUGUGCCUCCUGGCCCUCACGUCCAUCCCGCAACAGGUGUGCGGACCCCCUUACAAGAUAGGGGUGGUGGGCCCUUGGGCUUGUGAUCCGUUGUUCUCAAAAGCUCUGCCUGAGGUUGCUGCUCGAUUAGCCACUGAGCGGAUCAACAGGGACCCAUCAUUUGACCUGGGUUACUCUUUUGAAUACGUGAUUGUCAAUGAAGACUGCCAGACUUCCGGAGCCCUUGCCAGUUUCAUUUCUCACCACCAGAUGGCCUCAGGAUUUAUUGGACCUGCCAAUCCCGGCUACUGCGAGGCAGCCUCGCUCUUGGGAAACAGCUGGGACAAAGGGAUUUUCUCUUGGGCCUGUGUGAAUUACGAAUUAGACAAUAAAAAUAGCUAUCCGACCUUUUCUCGGACACUCCCUUCUCCCAUCCGUGUGCUGGUAACCGUCAUGAAAUAUUUCCAGUUGGCUCACGCUGGAGUCAUUUCCUCAGAUGAAGACAUUUGGGUGCACACAGCCAAUCGAGUCGCAAGUGCUCUUCAGAGCCGGGGCCUACCUGUAGGGGUCGUCCUGAGCACAGGACGAAACAGCCAAAGCAUUCGGGAAGCUCUCCAGCAGAUUCGCCAGGCUGACAGAAUUCGCAUAAUCAUCAUGUGUAUGCAUUCGGCCUUGAUUGGGGGAGAGACUCAGAUGCAUCUCUUGGAAUGGGCUCAUGAUCUGAAAAUGACUGAUGGAACCUAUGUCUUUGUUCCUUAUGAUGCCCUGCUCUACAGUUUACCUUAUAAGCAUACACCCUACCAGGUCCUGAGGAACAACCCAAAACUCCGGGAAGCCUAUGAUGCUGUGUUGACCAUUACAGUGGAGUCCCAAGAAAAGACCUUCUACCAAGCCUAUACUGAGGCAGCAGCUACACAUGAAGUUCCUGAGAAGCUGGACUCAGAUCAAGUUUCACCGUUGUUUGGAACCAUCUACAAUUCAAUUUACUUUAUCGCACAAGCCAUGAAUAAUGCUAUGAAAGAAAAUGGACAGGCUAGUGCUGCCAGCCUGGUUCAGCAUUCCAGAAACAUGCAGUUCUAUGGAUUCAACCAGUUGAUAAGGACAGAUUCAAACGGAAAUGGAAUUGCAGAAUAUGUAAUCCUGGACACCAACUGGAAAGAAUGGGAACUGUAUAGCACUUACACUGUGGACAUGGAAACGGAGCUGCUACGGUUCAGAGGGACCCCCAUUCACUUCCCUGGUGGCAGGCCCCCUCAAGCAGAUGCAAAAUGCUGGUUUGCAGAAGGGAAGAUCUGUCAAGGAGGCAUCGACCCUGCCUUUGCCGUGAUGGUCUGUCUCGCUUUGCUUAUAACCCUGUUGUCUAUUAAUGGAUUUGCUUACUUUAUAAGGCGUCGUAUAAAUAAAAUCCAGUUGAUUAAAGGACCCAACAGAAUUCUACUGACUUUGGAGGAUGUGACAUUUAUCAAUCCCCACUUUGGCAGUAAGAGAGGAAGUCGUGCCAGUGUAAGCUUCCAGAUCACCUCAGAAGUCCAAAGUGGGUGGUCCCCAAGGCUCUCCUUUUCUUCAGGGAGUCUAACUCCAGCUACCUAUGAAAACUCCAACAUAGCAAUUUAUGAGGGUGAUUGGGUGUGGCUGAAGAAGUUCCCCUCUGGAGGUUUUGGAGACAUUAAGUCCAUCAAAGCACGUGCAAGUAAUAUGUUUGAAAUGAUGAAGGACCUACGUCAUGAAAAUAUUAACCCUUUAUUGGGCUUCUUCUAUGAUUCAGGAAUGUUUGCCAUUGUGACAGAAUUCUGUUCCAGAAGGAGCUUAGAAGACAUAUUGACAAAUCAGGAUGUGAAACUUGACUGGAUGUUUAAAUCAUCACUUCUGUUGGAUCUCAUCAAGGGCAUGAAGUACUUACACCACAGAGAGUUUGCUCAUGGGAGGCUGAAGUCUCGGAACUGUGUGGUUGAUGGGCGUUUUGUACUAAAAGUGACAGAUUACGGCUUUAAUGAUAUCUUGGAAACACUAAGACUCUCCCAAGAGGAACCUUCUGCAGAAGAGUUGCUAUGGACGGCCCCUGAACUGUUGAGAGCUCCAAAGGGCAGCAGGUUAGGUUCUUUUGCAGGAGAUGUCUAUAGCUUUGCCAUCAUCAUGCAAGAAGUGAUGGUCCGGGGCACCCCAUUCUGCAUGGUGGAUCUGCCUGCCAAAGAAAUCAUAGACAGACUUAAGAAGCCUCCUCCUGUGUACAGACCAGUGGUUCCUCCUGAGUAUGCCCCUGCAGAAUGUCUCCAGCUAAUGAAGCAGUGCUGGGCUGAAGCUGCAGAACAGCGACCAACUUUUGAUGAAAUAUUUAAUCAGUUUAAAACUUUCAAUAAAGGGAAGAAGACCAAUAUCAUUGAUUCCAUGCUUCGGAUGUUGGAACAAUAUUCUAGCAACUUGGAAGAUUUGAUCCGGGAACGGACUGAAGAGCUGGAAAUUGAAAAACAGAAAACGGAAAAGCUUCUAACACAGAUGCUACCACCGUCAGUUGCUGAAUCCCUCAAAAAGGGCUGCACGGUUGAACCUGAGGGCUUUGACUUGGUCACCUUGUACUUCAGUGACAUUGUGGGCUUCACCACCAUUUCCGCCAUGAGUGAGCCCAUUGAGGUGGUGGAUCUUCUCAAUGACCUGUACACACUCUUUGAUGCCAUCAUUGGCAGUCAUGAUGUCUACAAGGUAGAGACCAUUGGAGAUGCUUACAUGGUGGCCUCAGGCCUCCCAAAGAGGAAUGGCAGUAGGCAUGCAGCUGAGAUUGCAAACAUGUCCCUAGAUAUCCUGAGCUCCGUUGGUACCUUCAAGAUGCGACACAUGCCAGAGGUCCCAGUCCGGAUUCGAAUAGGCCUGCAUUCAGGGCCCGUUGUUGCAGGAGUGGUGGGUCUCACCAUGCCCAGAUACUGCCUGUUUGGAGACACUGUGAACACAGCUUCUCGGAUGGAAUCAACAGGGUUACCUUAUCGCAUUCAUGUCAGUCACAGCACCGUGACAAUUCUUCAAGCUCUAAGUGAGGGCUAUGAAGUGGAGCUUCGAGGAAGGACAGAGCUCAGGGGCAAAGGCACAGAAGAGACCUUCUGGCUGGUAGGAAAAAAAGGCUUCACAAAACCUCUUCCUGUGCCCCCACCAGUGGGAAAAGAUGGGCAAGUAGGCCAUGGCCUGCAACCAGUGGAGAUUGCAGCCUUCCAAAGAAGAAAAGCAGAAAGGCAGCUGGUGAGAAACAAGCCAUAAGGUAAUGGCCAGCAGGAAAACAGAGCACGGGAGCUUGCCAAAUUUUCAACGCUGGGGCUCCCUUUGGCAUGGGUGCCAGUCUCAGCCUACACUCGGUUGGCAGAGUGUGAUGGAGUUGGUGAAUUUCCAAGCUCCACUG